AUGUUUAAUUGGCACCACAGCUCCUGCUACUCUAGGAGUAUCGGAUUCUCAGAGGAAAGGGGAGUACCGAUUUGUUCCGGCGAAAAAUGUGUUGCUCCUCGCAAAGGCAUCUCGAAGACGGAUUCCGAAACAGUGAUACCCGUGCCGCCUUCGAAGACUACAUUCGAGCUUACAUGGCCAUCUUCACUGCCUUUUGUGGACGAUGAUUCGAAAGAAAUUCCUUCACUCACAAGAAAAGAGUCUUCUUCCAAUGAGUCAGAAUCGAAUAGAUCCCCCGACUCUAGUCUGCCGAAAACAACGGCAACAAAACGGAGAGCUUCUUCACCACAGCGUGUCAACGGAGGUGUUGCGUCACAUAUUGGACAACGUGCUCCAACCAACCAAGAACCUUCAAUCGGUUCGCCUACCCCAUGCAAGGCGGCAUACGAGCCUCUUGUCGCCCGGAAGAUUAGGCUCCUCGAGCUACUCGAAGGCAAUUACCAUGACCCAGUUCGAGUUGAGCUUCAAGUCACAGACUUGGCUGGCAUGCCGGAGUACGAGGCCCUGUCAUAUACCUGGGCGGAUAGCAAUGGGGACUCUUCCAAAUGCGAGAGGGCCUACGUUGGAGAGCGCUGGGAUAUUCUCCCAAUCACCAAAAACUGCUUCAACGCCCUUCGCCGCUUGCGAUAUUCAGGCCGGCGUAGGACAUUGUGGGUUGACGCCAUCUGCAUUAACCAGAAUGAUGUGGGUGAGAGGUCCCAUCAAGUUGGGAUCAUGCAAAGCAUCUACGCAACUGCCUCGAGGGUUCUGAUCUACCUAGGAGAGAACGUGGAAGACUCGAAUGCCACAAACUCCGUCCCAUGGAAUUUCUACGACCACAACCCAAGAUCUUUGCCUUCAGACCAAGAUCUCACACGACAGCCAUACUUCAAGAGAGUAUGGGUGGUCCAAGAGAUAGCUGCAGCAAAAAAAGCUUGGGUUCUCUUUGGGACGAAGGGAGAUCGAUGGGAAGACUUUCUCCUUAAGGUCGAGGCUCAGACCAACACGCAGCCCACAGAUGCACAGUACACAUGGGCGAGAACUGCCACUCAUGGCCGCAAUAAGCCUCACUCGAAGCAAGAGUGGGUGCGUAUGCUCCGGCAAAGGAAGGUCAUGGACUCAGAAGAGCUUCCAAUAUUUCUUCACGCCACUGCCCGGUGUGAGGCUACAGACCGCCGGGACAAGAUUUAUGCCUUACUGGGGCUCUUCCAAGACGCCAACCAAGCUCAAUUGAUUGCGGACUACUCGCUCAGUGUGGAUCAGGUGUUCAGUGGCUUGACUGCUUAUCUGCUCUCCAAAAGCCCUGCAUUCAUAUUGCCAAUCUUUGCAGCACUUCAGCCAAAAUCAUCAGAUACCUUCCCCUCGUGGGCUGUCGACUGGUCGUCGGCGACAAACUUGGGUUGCAUGGUGCCAUACCUAGCUAAGGAAGCUUCUCAAAUCCCAGCUGAAAUCAACUCUCAAAAUGUCUCGUAUAUGCCUCGUUUUCAUCGCAACGGUUCUUUGGUCCUCCAAGGACGCCUACUCGCACAUCUCUCAAGUUGUGUUUUCAAUUCGAAGUGUCAAGAAGGGCCACCCGGUGUCCUGAAAGGGGUCUUUUACGGCGGGGUCCUGCGUGACGGAACAGGAACCCAAGUUCCGAAUGCCCUACCGGACUGGACCGAGUCGACCGAUGAAAUUUUACAGAUCCAGGGCCUCGACAACUAUUCGCUAGUGCUUCGACCCGUCGCAAAGGCUCCCAAGACAUAUCGUUUUGUAGCUAUUAUCGAACAGCCCGAGUUCGACCGUAUAUUAGGGUCUGUCAACUUGAUAGAUCGCGCGACGAUCCUGCUUUUCUCAGCAUGGCAAUACAUACUCAACGUACCGCGCGGCACAGACCUCUGGUGUCUUGCUGGGACAUGGUACACGAUCAAAGCUAUAUGCUGGGAAAUAAAAAGUUAUUGGAACAUGGAAGAGACCAUUUCUAGCCUCUUUGACUCAUCCACAGAUUUGAAAUACGAAGAACAGCCAUCCAGUAGUGGCGAAAAUCAGGCAACACUAGACAUGUUCCGAGAUCUAGUGCCUGCUACGAGACAACUUCAGGACAGGCAUUCGCCCAAUGGAUCCGAGCGUUCAUUUGUCGCGGAUCGAAAGUCUUUACAAGACAGCAUUCAUAAUCUAAGAGAAUUUGGGACUUGCCUUGAAAAAGUACGUGGAACAAAAGAGUUUGGGGAGAUGGAAGUCGGCGGCAUCGGCCCAUCCGGUCUACUUCGGCAACAUCUAAAGACGAUAUUCAGGGCAUACGAAGAAUAUCUGGAGGUUCCAGAGAUACUGGAGCAGGAAUUGAACCGAUGGAAAACACUCCGUGACCUGCGAUGGGAAGCACAUCACGCCGCCCCGCCCCACGUUGGUUCCCAAAUUUCUGUCCAGCAUUCCCGGAAUUUGGCCAUAGAUCUUCAAAAGCGAGAAGCAAUGGAAGAUAUGAUCAAUGUUUCGGAUUGUGGUUGGGACUGGGAAUCAACCGGAGGCUCCCUACCCAGAACGGAACCAGCAGAAGUGGGGAGGCGCGUUGAAUUUGGCAGCUCUUCUUUCAUGUUGCCACAUAAUGUCACUCAGAUCGAUUUGAAAGAUCUCGCGGAGAGACACCGUAAAGUCUCCAAAGAAAAUUUCGUGGAUGCAGAUACAGAGUUUUUUAAGUUGCUUCUGUGUCGAGGUGUGGAUCGCAGAAACAUCUCCAACCGCUAUAGGACACAGCAGUCCAAGAAUGAGCAGAGCUUUGAGAACUUACGCGACGAUAUGAUAGUGCGAUGGUUUCAAGAUCAUCUCACUGAUGAAAGGAGAAGUCUCUCUUGGAAAGCAAGGUACUUUGAGAAACAUCACCUGAAGCCUUGGGCAGCCAACUUCAUCCGCACGUGGACCCUCCUCACAAAGCGCAGUCGCUACGGUCCUGAUGCUCCUAAGCCUGUGGACAUUCCUCAUGAAAAGAUGGAUGAUUGGCGUGAAGAGUACAUGUAUAAACGGCUAAAAGAGUAUGAACGGCACCAAGAGUAUGAACGGCACCAAGAGGAUGAAAGCUAUCUGGCUGCAGCGAAAGCAAAGUGGGCACCGUUGCUCGACCUCGUAAGAGAAACCGAGAAGCGCCUGCUCCCUCUGGAGACGGUAUUCCUCGACACAUAUGACACGCGUGAUGAGCAGAUGGAUGGCGUCCACUGGGAGGAUGUCGUUAUCAUUUGA